CCAACCAACCAGCAUCCAGUUCAGUCACUGCGCCGCCGGAUCAAAGCACAUCCCGUCGCAACCCAACCCCCGCUCCGCUCGCAACUGCCUCGAACUCGGCAAGCAUUUGGAGCAUUCGGUCGCCUGCAGUGCGAUGAUCAGCGGAGAGGCCGCGGGCGCCGGGAACCCCAGGAGGAGACCAUGAAGGCGCAGCCGCUCCUGCCGGCGGCGUUCAAGAGGCGGAGGGGCCCACGCGUGGCGGUGCUGGCGCUCGUCCUCUGCUCCCUGCUCGUACCCUUCGCCUUCCUCUUCGACCGCGCCCCCUCCGGGUACGUGACGACGGAGGAGCGGCACCGACAGGAGGUCGUUCUGCCUUCGUUGGAUCACGUGGAGAAGAGGGGUAGUCCUGGCGCUAUCAGCGGACGGAGACAGGAUGCACCAGAAAAGAAGAUCCCCAGAGGUAGUGCAGGAGCCAUUCAUCAGCAUGUACCAGAGAAGAGGAUCUCCAAAGGUAGUGAAGGAGUCAUUCAUCAGCACAAGCAAAUUGAUAGCCACUCGACAAGUGGUGGUGCUAAACCAAAAGUUCUUCCAACACCAAAAGUUGAACCGUCAAAGGCUGUGGCGGAAUCAACUCGAGAGACAAGAGAGAUUAACAAAGAUAUACAAGGGCGACAAAAAGGUGCAAAAGCUGAUGAAGUGGAAAAGGCGAAGGCUUGUCAACUUGAAUUUGGAAGUUAUUGUCUCUGGUCCAUAGAGCACAAAGAAGUAAUGAAAGAUUCUAUAGUGAAGAGGCUAAAAGACCAACUAUUUGUAGCACGCUCAUACUAUCCAAGCAUUGCAAAACUUCAAGGACAUGAAGCUCUGACUCAGGAAAUGAAGCAAAACAUACAAGAACAUGAGAGGGUGCUUAGUGUAUCAACAGUCGAUGCUGAUCUACCAUCCUUUAUCAACAAGAGGAUGGAGCAGAUGGAGCGAACAAUCGCGAGAUCCAAAUCUUGCACGGUGGACUGUAAGAAUGUUGACAGGAAGCUUCGCCAGAUACUUGAUAUGACUGAGGAUGAAGCUCAUUUUCAUAUGAAGCAGAGUGCAUUCCUCUACAACCUUGGUGCCCAGACAUUGCAGAAAAGUCAUCAUUGUCUUAAUAUGAGGUUGACGUUAGAAUAUUUCAAAUCAUCUUCGUUGGAUUCAGAUGAUUCUCUUUCUGGCAAGUUCAAUAGUCCAAAAUAUAUGCACUAUGUUAUACUGUCUAAGAACGUUCUUGCGGCUUCUGUAGUGAUCAACUCAACUGUGAGCAGUUGCAAGGAGCCAGACAAUCUUGCUUUUCAUAUCCUAACUGAUGCUCAGAACUUCUAUGCCAUGAAACAUUGGUUUGCCAGGAAUUCAUAUAAAAAUGCAGUUAUCCAUGUCAUAAAUUAUGAAGCCAUUAUUUUGGAGAAGCUGCCAAAGUAUAAUAUCCAGCAGCUGUACUUGCCAGAGGAGUUUCGUGUUCUCAUUAGGAGCAUUAAGCAACCUACUGAGAACACAAGAAUGGAAUACCUGUCACUGUUCAGCCAUUCACAUUUCCUUAUUCCAGAAAUAUUCAAAUAUCUAAACAAGGUGGUUCUGUUGGAUGAUGAUGUAGUUGUUCAACGUGAUCUGUCUUUUUUGUGGAAUAUUGAUAUGGGAGACAAGGUAAUCGGUGCUGUCAAAUUUUGUGGUCUGAAACUGGGUCAAAUGAGAAAUGUGUUGGGCAAAGCAGCAUAUGAUCCCAAGUCAUGUGCAUGGAUGUCAGGGGUGAAUUUGAUUAAUUUGGAUAAAUGGAGAGAACAUAAUGUUACAGAGAACUAUCUGCUGCUCAUGAAAAAGUUCAAAUUCAAGGAUGAGCGAUCUCUGCGGGCAGCAGCAUUUCCUCUAAGCUUGCUAUCCUUCCAACAUCUCAUCUAUCCCCUAGAUGAAAAAUUGACCCUGGCUGGACUUGGAUAUGAUUAUGGAAUUGAUGAAGAGGUUGCUCGGAGAGCCUCAUCAUUGCACUACAAUGGCAACAUGAAACCUUGGCUUGAACUAGGUAUACCGGACUACAAAAAGUACUGGAAGAGGUUUCUUGUUCGAGGAGACCGAUUUAUGGAUGAGUGCAAUGUAAAUCCUUGACACAGGUGGACCUGAAAUCAGAACAAUUGGCAAUAGAUUGCUACAUCUAAUGGCCUCACUAAAGUUUGUGAACUGUCGAUGCAAGACUUCUCAAAAGCUCUGCACCAGAACAACAAACACAGCCGUUAACAGGGAAAGAGGUGCGGUUAUUGGCCAUCAGUGUUGUACCAAGUAGAGGCAGCGGCUUCUGUUCACCGAAAACAAGCUUGAUUGACGAUUUCUGUAUUCUGGGACUAGUCGUAAGUCAGAAUAUGCAGCAAGGAUGGCUGAAUGUGCAUGAGGCUUCAAAUAGCCAGUAGACCUCACCGUCCAGAUUUUUAGAUAGGAUUUUUGAUGAGUCGUGGCACCUUUACUAAAAGUGGUGUGUCACGCUCGUCGAUGCUGAUUUGUUUCUUUUUUUUUCCCUUCUGCCAAUAAGGGCAUACAUGUAUUCUCCUAUAGUCAAUUUUUCGUUCUUAGUCCUCACAUAUUGAUUAUUUACCAAAAUUACAAUCCUGCAAUGGUUGUUCUCCAAACCUACUGACAGCUCUGCUGACAACUUGUAUAUUAUUUGUCCGUGCUUCCUACUGCAGUGCUGCUUGUGCCA